AUAUAAGGUGGAAUUUGUCGGAGAACGGGUGGGAAACGUAGUAGCUAACUAAAAUGGCUGCUAGUAAUUAUUAUGGAUAUGCAUAUGGAGCCGCUGCACCACAAUACAGCAUCCAGCCACCCCCUACAUACUCACAUCAAACCACUGGCAGCUACAGUGUCCAGCCUGCAUAUGCAGUAGAACACCAAGCCUCCUUCUGUCCAGUCACAGCACACAAUCCCCAGCCAGCAGCAACUCAAACCUUUCAGCCAUACCAGGCACAUGCAACUUCGAAUUACACUUUUGGCCAGCGAGAGGUGGAACCUCAACAAAGCAGCACCUCCCAGACCUAUCAGGUCUUUGGUGAAGGGGGUAACUGCAGCUAUGGACAGCCAGCUUUAGUCAGUAGCUAUGAUAACAAACAGUACUAUCAGACGAGUGACACUGCUACUCACCACAGGCCAUUGGAAUCCUUCUUUCAGACAGGUGUUAUUCCUUCAGGUGUGAAAAAUGAUUACAGGCCUAUAAGUGCAGUGUACAGUCAGUCUCCACCUCAAGGACCGACCACAGUGCUCAAAACCCUGCAUCCUACUAGCUCGGUGUCCACCAGCUACAGUGUUUAUCCUGCAUCCACCAGCAUACAGCAGCCCCCCAGCUCCAUCUCCACCUUUACCCUGAGCCCCUCCUAUAAUUCAACAGCUGCCACUUCAUACGUUGGCCACAGCUACUCCAGUUAUGAGCCCCACAGCUACAGCCCCACUCCAUCAUAUUAUCAAGCAACCCAACAUCUUGGCCCUCAGUGCCAUAGCCAGCCCCAGGGUCCUUCCCAUCAUCCACAAUGUCCCUCCCAUCUGCCUCAGGGUUCUUCCCAUCAACCCCAGCUUCCCCAACAGCAAUCUCAGACCCCUACAAACCAGCUCACCAGUUUAUCCUGGAGUAGCUCAAGGCACAGUUCAAGGGUCACUGGUUCUGCUCGUAGUGCAUACAGAAAACCCACAUUUCAUCAGAAUAAAGUCCAAAAGCCAAAAGGACCUCCCAAACAACCUCAGCUUCACUACUGCGAUAUCUGCAAGAUAAGCUGUGCUGGUUUACAGACCUACCAAGAGCACCUGGAGGGUCAGAAGCACAAAAAGAAGGAGGCAUUGCAGAAAGGUAGCAGUCAGGUCAUUAAUGGGAUACAUAAUGUUCAGACUCAGCUGCACUGUGAGCUCUGUGAUGUUUCCUGUACUGGUGCAGAUGCCUACAAAGCACACAUCCGUGGGACUAAGCACUUAAAGGUGGUGAAGCUGCACACAAAACUUGGCAAACCUAUACCAUCCAGUGAUCCUGUUUUUGUGAGCUCUGCCCCUGUUCUGAUGACGACAAUCUCUGCAAAACCAACCAAAGCUUCUGCUUCCUCUGCAGUGUCACAGAAACCCCCCUUCAUAAAACCUCCCAAAACAGAGACUCUGAAGUCACAUGCUCCUCCCAAAGCCAUAGUUAAUGAAGCCAAAGCUGCUGCUCUAGACCCAGUGAGGGUCGACGAGCCAAAAUCUGACCUACAGAGUGAAAAUGAGGGAAGUGGAGGUUGUGCUCACGGAAAUGUCCAACCUGUUGGCUAUGAUUAUGUAGAGGAGAUUUACAAUGAUGAAAAGCUGGUUCGCUUCCACUGUAAGCUGUGUGAGUGCAGCUUCAACGAUCCCAAUGCCAAAGACAUGCACUUAAAGGGCAGAAGACACCGGCUUCAGUAUAAGAAAAAGGUGAAUCCAGACCUGCUGGUGGACAUCAAGCCGAGUAAUCGUGCAAGGAAGCUUCUGGAAGAAAAACUGAGGAAGCAGAAUCAGAAAUCCAUGCUCAAGAGACAGCUUGAGGAUGACCAGCACUGGCACAUGGACAUGAGAAGAUAUGAGGAGGACAUUUACUGGAGGAAAGUCGAGGAGGAACACCUAUACUGGGAGAAACAGAGGCACAGACUAGCACCCCUGCUGUUCACAGACCACCCCAGGAUGCCUCUGCCCCCUCUACUGCCUGUUCGUCUGCCAGAUUCCCCAGAUGACCACCACAUCAUGGCCAAGCAUGCCAGCAUCUACCCAGAGGAUCAUGAGCUGGAAGCUGUGCAGCGCAUUGUGUCUCAUUCAGAGAGAGCUCUUAAACUGGUGUCUGACAUGCUGUUGGAGCACGAUGGCAAAGAAGCAAUGGAUUUAAAGUUGGAUCCUCAGGGCCAAGUGCUGAAUGGAGUGAUGAGAGCGGGGAUUCUGGCCAAAGGCCUGCUGCUGCAUGGAGACAGGAGCAUUCAGCUCAUCCUUCUUUCUACUAAGAAACCCACCAUUUCCCUGUUGAACAGCAUCGCUCAACUGCUUCCCAAACAAUUGAGGACCUUUUCUGAAGAUCAGUACGUGGUGCAGGCUCAGCCUGAGGAAGCCAACAUCCUCAUUAUUUCCAGCAAGGAACCAAAAAUGCAGGUGACCAUCUGUCUCACUUCGCCAAUGAUGAGUGAGGAGCCUGAGCCUGAGCCUGAGCCUGGUACAGAGGGAAAGGCAGGUGACAAGCUGCCUGAGAAAGUGCCUGACGACACUGCAGAUGCUCUAAACAGGACAAAGUGCCUUGAGUACUUGGCUGCCCUUCGUCAUACAAAAUGGUUUCAACAGGCUCGGGCAAAUGGUCUUCAGUCCUGUGUGAUCAUCAUCCGUGUACUUAGAGACCUCUGUCAGCGCAUGCCAACCUGGGGCAAGAUGCCAGAAUGGGCUAUGGAGUUGCUGAUUGAGAAAGCCAUCAGCAGUGCAUUGACUCCUCUGAGUCCAGGAAAAGCCUUGCGCAGAGUUCUGGAGUGUAUUUCUAGUGGAAUCUUACUGCAAGAUGGUCCAGGCUUGAUAGAUCCAUGUGAAAAAGUUCAAACAGAUGCACUCAAGACCAUGACCAUGCAAGCCAGAGAGGAUGUAACAGCAAGUGCCCAGCAUGCCUUGCGGCUACUGGCUUUUCGUCAUAUCAACAAGCUCUUAGGGAUGAACUCACUAACGGCAUCAAAAACCAGCACUUACAACCGCAAGAGACGGAGUGACAAAGUAGACAAGGCAGAAGGGGAGGGCAAGAAAGAAAAAAAAGAUUUACAGGACGCUUGAGAAAUUCCACAAACGUCAUGUAUAAAUGUGUAAAAAUGCUCCUUCCAAAGAAAAGAAUGUGCUAAAAAGAACCACAACAAUCAACACCAAACCCUAAAAAUGGAGAAGCAAUGUUUCCUCUUUUCUUUUUAUUUCAGCUGUACUGAAAACAAUUUCAGCUUUUCGCUGUGUACAAUUUAUAGUUUAGCAGAAAUAAUAUAAGGUAUUAAAUAACUACUGAAAAUGGACAUACUGCUUUCUCAGAUAAGGUACAAUAAUAGCAGUGAUUUAAAAAAAAAUAAGUAAAAAAAUAAAAUCAAGCAUUAGUACCUUAUACAGAGUUGCUUUAUGUUUUGUAGAGUGGGUCUGGUCCAUUGAUCAGGACAUGAAUUAAGACUGAUCUGAGAUUAGGAAUAAAAUGAUUCUCAGAUUCUUGCCAAUAAACUGAUUAAUUGUCUGGAUAUUGUUUUAGUGCAAAGAGGUCAAAGUUUAUAUAUAUUUUUUUAUUUAAUCACAGGCAGAGUAGUAUUAAGGCUUAUUUAAGACAACAGAUUAUUCAAAAUCUUUUAAGUUUUCUCCACAAAAGAAGUGUAUCAGUCUGUGAAUUACACAGAUGAAACAUUAAGGUUGAGCUUAUAAAAUACUGCUCUGAUUGUUUAAUACUUAGCCAUUAAGUUUGAAAUCAAAGCCACUUCUUUUAAUUGCACAUGAAUGUUGUAUAUCUUAUCUAUUCUGAGUAAAGUCGAGGAUCCACCUGUGUCACAGAAGCUUAAAAAGCAGGAAUAAAACGAACAGAUUUCAUGAGUAUUCCACAGAAAUGGAGUCUUUUUUAUUGUGCCUGAAAUUAAGGGAGCUUAGAAGGGCAGAAUAAAGUGCAUUUUAACAUGUGUGGAACAAGAUAGGUGAAAAGGUUAGUAAUUUAUACUGUAAUAAGAUUUGCAAUGUAUAAUUAUUAUUAUUAUUAUUAUGAUUAUGAUUAUUAUUAUGAUUAUGAUUAUUAUUGAAUUUGUGUUCUGUACAAAAGCAGAACGUUAG